UUCAACCUCCAAGAUUAUCAUCUUCUCCAUGCACAGGUGGCAUGCCACCCAUCGCACUACUAUAUGUAACAGCUUACCCAACUUCUUUUCUCUUUUACAAGGAGGGCUAUCGAAUGAAAGCAGGGGCCACUGCGAGGAUGAUGUGGUAAUGGUGGCAAGUGGGAGGAUUAUGUCAGAGUCGGCGAAACGCAGCGGUAGCGGCGAAACCCUUCUCAAGAGACCAAAUUACAAUAGUCAACGGAGAGAAUUGGAUACAAACAGCAUGAAGGCUCUUUGCUCUGUCGAUGGUGUUUUUCUUGAUGAUGGUGGAGAGUAUAAUACAAGCAAGAAGAGAGGCCCAACUGAAGUAACCUCCAGCGAAGACACUAACUGUCGGGGAAAAGAACGCAAGAAUCACGAUAAUAAUUCCAGCGAAUUCAGUUUAUCUCAUAAGUCGGAAUAUUCUGAUCCCUCCAAAGGGAAGAAAGUGGUAAAACCCGUCGGAAUAAAUAUGGCUGGCUGUGAUGGAGAUGAUGGUCAUGUAAGUAUGACCUGCGUGUCACAUGGCUCGAUUUCGGUGAUUGGACGGCGUAGAGCGAUGGAAGAUGCGCUGACAGUUGCCCCAGGAGUUGUCGUAGGUGAGCAUGGCCGUUACGACUUUUUUGCGGUUUACGACGGACACGGAGGAGCUAGGGUGGCGUACGCGUGCAGAGAUAGGAUGCACCAGCUGGUGGCAAAAGAGGUGGAGAAAGGGAGGUCGAUUAACGAGAAGGGAUUAGGUUACUGGGAGAAGGUGAUGGGAACGUGUUUCAAUAAGAUGGAUGAGGAGGUGAGUCCAGGAGGAGGUGAUGGUGGUGGUGGAGAAAAUGGAGAGGAGUUAUCAGAGAAGACAGUAGGAUCGACAGCAGCAGUGGUUAUGGUGGGAAGGGAGGAGGUGGUGGUGGCAAAUUGUGGGGAUUCUAGGGUGGUUGUCUGUCGUGGAGGAGUGGCUGUGGCUUUGUCUAAUGACCAUAAGCCUGACAGGUCCGAUGAACGGGAGAGAGUAGAAGCUGCCGGUGGACGAGUUAUUAACUGGCAUGGUAGCCGCGUUCUUGGUGUACUCGGUACUUCAAGAUCAAUAGGGGAUCAGUAUUUAAAACCUUAUGUGAGCUCAGAACCAGAGGUUACAGUGAUUGAGCGAAACGAAUCAGAUGACUUCAUUAUAAUAGCAACGGAUGGUUUAUGGGAUGUUAUUUCCAGUGAGUUUGCUUGUGAAAUUGUGAAGAAGUACUUUGAUGGCCGAAUAAAAAACACAAGACUUGCGGAAAGAUUUGCAGGAAGAAGUGCUGCAGAGGCAGCUGCUAUGCUAGCCGAAUUGGCAAUGGCUCGAGGGAGCAAAGAUAAUAUCAGCGUCAUUAUAGUCGAGCUCAAGAGUUCAAAGAGUUCAAAGUAGUAUAAUAUUUGUUCAUCUUUUCUUUAGUCAUGACAAUUUUAUUUAUGGUUUUGCUUUUCAGAGUUUGUACUGUUUAUGGUUUGCUGAAUGCAUGGAUCAGAUGAACCUUUUUAUCUCA